AUGAAUUUCAGAUAAGAUCAAAUUGAUUAUAAGGAUCUGGUGCGAAGGAGAGAGGAGAAACGCCUGGUCAUUGGAAAGAAGAAGAAUCAAUUUGCUACAAGUAUCAAGCAUAUUUACAACGUAGAUUCACUUUCAAAUAAUGAAGAGGUGUACAAACAGUUAUAUCGCUUUGAUCCAGAGGUAUGCAAGUUUUCCAAUUAAAAUAGAGAGAAUUAUAAGAAUACAGUCUGGCUAAGAAUGAGGAACAGCCUAUCUAGCAAGCAGGGCCCAUUGAACAGUCACAAGAGGAGCCAAUCGAGGAAGAAGAGCAAGUAUUGAUUGAAUGAUAAAAUUAGGCUUAACCAGACAAUGUCACAUAUACAGCUAUGGUGAAGGGGUUAUUCAAAGAGAAGGUGCAAGUGUCUAAAAUACAAAAAGCCAAUUACAUCGAUGCUACUGUCUUCCAUUAAUAUUAGAAAUUAAUUUAAACUGGAGAAGAUGCCAUCAAAUUUUUUGCCAAGUAUGGAAACACUACUCCAAUCAAAUUCAUUAAUUGUGUGAGCAAAGCUGGAUUCAUUGAACUCUAAUGUGAAGCUUACAAUAAGAAAGACAAAUUAAGACGUCAAAAUAACACUGAUGGCGCUGAACUUGAGUUGCCUAUGGAAUUCAAUAAAAGUAAGGAACCUUUCCGACCUUAUGACCUGAUUGUUGUCAAAACAAGGGAAAACCAAAAGGAAUAGACAUUAAGAGAAUAUUAUACCAUAUCUGCCCAUGGGAUAGUCCAUGUUUAUACUGAUAAAGGAAAGAAGAGAAUGCAAGGUGAUUCAAGCACUGAAGUCAUCUCACUAUCUGAUUGGAUGCAUGAAAGUACUAUGUUCAAUAUUAUCACCAAUAUUUAAUUUUUCAAAAAUUAUGCCAUAAGUAACAACUUUAUAUAAUUCUAGCCAAAAUCUUUAAUAUUUGGAAAUCCAAUGUCAGGUACAAUCUAUUUAGUAAGACCAGAAAAAGGUUGAUACAUGAAUCCUUUGUAGCCAAACCAGCCUUUGCCCAGCACUUGAUGGACAUCAAUCAAAUGAUGUACGAAUUACAAUUGCAGAAAACUCUAAGUAACAGUAUUCAAUAAGCCAAUAAAACUUGGGAAGCUGAUGACUUCUUCAAAGGAGAUUAAAAGAAAGCCAGAUCGGAUGCAUCCAAACAUUAUGAUUCUGUGAUUGAUAAGGUGUUAUAAAAAUUAGACACUGUCUGCAAAGAAGUAAUUGAUAGAACAAACUAAAACAAUUAAUAAGAAAAUGAAGAAGCCAGAUUUGGAUAAUAAGUCAAAUAGAAACCUAUGAAUGAGGAGAGAAAAGAAAAAGAGGAAAAUGCCUUACUUUUACAAUUGGCAGAAAAAGACAAGGGCAGAUUACAUUUGUUCAUUAAAUUGGUGGAUUACAUGACUGUUGAAACUCUAGUGUCUAUUAAUUAAACUUCUAUGAGCAUGUUAUUGGAGGAAAUGAAAAAAGAACGUAAAAAUGGAUUGUUCAAUACAGCUGUGAAUUUUGAUGUUCAAAUAUUCACACCUGACGAAAAAGAAAUCUCAGAACAUCUGAAAUGCUUGUUAGAUGACAUGAUUGUGGUUAUGAGAAAUACUGCUAGAGUAAUAUCACAUUAAAGUAUGAUUGGAUACAUAAAGAACACUAAAUUAGGGGAAUUGUUAUCUGAGUAAAAAGAAAAUAAGGAUUGCAUUGCUGAUGUCCAAGGUAUCAUUACAGAGAGCAUUGAAUAUUAAAACAUCAAAAAUGAAAUAUUUGAAAAAGUAACUAGUGAUUUUCUAGCUGCAGAAGCCUAUGUAAAUACAAAUUAUAUGAGAUGUAAACCAAUUUAUGAAUUUUUGAAUACUUGGAAUUAGGGAGAAUUUGAAAAGGAGGAACACACACUUGAUAUCAUUAAAUCUCAUGUUAUGGAACUCAAAAAAUGGUUGGCUGAUAUCAAUUUUUAUAUUAAGGAUAUUGCUAAAGGAAUUCUUAAUGUGGAUGGCAAGAAAAUUAAAAAUAAGCUUUAACCAUAAGUUAUUACCAAAUUAGAGAAUUUUAAAGAUUACCUCUACAAAUUGAUGCAAAAGAAAGCCAAUCAAACCUUAACUACCUUAUAGACAUACACAUCUAAUUUAUCUAAGAAUCCCUAGAAUCUUAAAGAGUAUGCUGAAUUUAUAGAAGCUAUAUAAGAAGCUGAAUAAAAUAUCAAAGGACUCGAAACAGCAAAAAUAGAAGUUGAAGCUAUGCAUUCUCUAUUAAAAUCUAAAUUUGAUUUGAAUCCUUUGAAAAACUCUGACAUUGUUAUGAUGGAUGACAUUUAGGCUGAAUAUUUAAGAUUGACUUUGAAAAUUAAAGAAGCUGAAGAAUUGUGUAAAGAAAGAAAAUAAGAAAUGAUGAAAAAGCAUGAGGCUGAAUUUAGUAAAUUCAUUACCAAUAUUCAAAAUACUACUUCUUCUGUCAAUAAAGGAAAAUUGAUAUUAGAAGAAACAUAACCUGCAGAUGCACUACAAUAAUUAAACGAAAUUAAGACCAGAUCUUUAGACAGAUUCAAAGAAUUGGAUAAGAACUAUUAGCAUUAUGCCAAAUUGAUGGGAUUGAGUGUUUCAACAAAUAAAGAUUUACAAGAAUUAGAAGCUACCUAUAAUGAUCGAAGGAUGCUUUGGACUCAUUCUGAUAAAUUCAACAAAUUAUAUGAAGAUCUAUAAAAAAACAUAUUUACCACCUUGAAUGUUGAAGAAAUUGAAAAAGAAAUGAAAAGUUAUGAAAUUGGAAUUUUGAAGUUAAGAUAAAACAUUAACAAUCUAUCAAAGGAAGGAAGAGAUAAAGUAUUAGAUCAACAUGCUAGUAGAGUCGGUAAUGUUUCAUAAUUUAUGCCCGUUAUACAAGCAUUAGGAAAUAAAGAUCUAAGACCUAGACAUUGGAAGAAAAUAUUUGAAGAUCUAGGAUCUGCUUGGUAACCAGGAAAAACCUUUACACUCUAAGAAUUGAUAGCUGACGGCGUCAUGAAUAAGAAAGAUAAAAUAGAAGAAAUAUCAGCCAAGGCAUCAGGUGAAGCUAGUAUUGAAGCAUAAAUUGAAGAUAUCAAAUCAAAGUGGUCAUAAUUAUCAUUCAUAGUCAAUCAUUAUAGAGAAGCUAAGGAUAAAUUUAUUAUUGGUUCUUUAGAUGAUAUUAUUGCAGCAUUAGAUGAUCAUUAAUUAAAAGUUUAAACUAUGUUGGGAACUAGAUUUGUUGCUGAAAUUAGACCAGUUGUUGAGGAAUGGGAAAGGAAGUUAGUUCUCAUUUCAGAUAUCAUUGAUGAAUGGCUAUCUUGUCAAAGAUAAUGGAUGUAUUUAGAAAACAUUUUCAGUGCUGACGAUAUCUAAAAGUAAUUACCUUAAGAAACAACUAAAUUUAUGGGAGUUGAUAAAUUCUGGAGAGACAUUAUGAUGAAAACAUUUAAAAGACCAUUAGUAUAAGAUUGUUGUAAUUCUGAAGAAUUAUUAAAGAAGUUUUAGAUUAAUAAUAAGAUUUUGGAAGAUAUUUAAAAGAGUUUAGAUAAUUAUCUAGAAACAAAAAGAUAAGCAUUUCCAAGAUUUUACUUUUUGUCAAAUGAUGAGUUAUUGGAAAUCUUAUCACAAACUCGUAAUCCUCAUGCAGUUUAAGCUCAUUUAAGAAAGUGUUUUGAUAACAUAAAUAGAAUUAAAUUCUCUGACAUUGAAGACUCAACUGAAAUCAUUGCCAUGUAAUCAGCAGAACCAGAGACAAUGCCUGAAUUGGUUCCAUUUUCAACAAUAGUUAUGGCUUAAGGUCCAGUAGAACAUUGGCUAUUGAGAAUUCAAAAUAUGAUGGUUAAAUCGUUAUAUGAUAUUACUAAGAAGGCAUAUUUAGCAUAUCCAUAAAAGGAAUUAGAGAGAGAUGAGUGGUUAUUCGAAUAUCCAGCAUAGCCAGUUUUGACUGUAGAUUUGAUAAAAUGGACAGAAGGAUGUACGACAGCAAUUGAGAGAAUGGGCAUGGGUAGAAAAACAUCAUUGUCAUAAUAUUACGAUUUUAUGGUCUAAUUAUUAAAUAAGGAAGUGUCAAUUGUGAGAGGAGAUCUGAAUACUCUUCAAAGAACAUUAAUGGGUGCUUUGAUUGUGUUGGAUGUACAUGCUAGAGAUGUUGUUGCAACUAUGGUUGAUAAGAAUGUAGCAUCUUUAAAUGAUUUUGAAUGGGCCAAACAAUUGAGAUAUUAUUGGGAAGCAGACGUCGAUAAUUGUGUAGUCAGAUAAACCAAUACAAGAUUUAUUUAUGGUUAUGAAUACUUGGGAAAUGGACCAAGGUUAGUUAUUACUCCACUUACUGAUAAAUGUUAUAUGACAUUGACAGGAGCAUUGCAUUUAAAUUUUGGAGGAGCUCCUGCAGGACCAGCUGGUACUGGUAAAACUGAAACAACUAAGGAUUUGGCUAAAGCAUUAGCUGUUCAAUGUGUGGUGUUUAAUUGUUCUGAUGGUUUGGAUUUCAAAACCAUGGGUAGAUUCUUUUCAGGAUUAGCAUAAUGUGGAGCUUGGGCAUGUUUCGAUGAAUUUAAUCGUAUAGACAUUGAAGUCUUGUCAGUCAUAGCCUAAUAAAUAUUAACCAUAUAAUAGGCGAUUAGAUAGAAGGUAGAUCAAUUUGAUUUUGAAUCUCGUACAAUUCCUUUGAAUAGAAGAUUUGGAGUAUUUAUUACGAUGAAUCCAGGAUAUGCAGGUAGAACUGAAUUACCAGACAAUCUUAAAGCCUUAUUCAGACCAGUGGCUAUGAUGAUUCCUGAUUAUGCUAUGAUUGCAGAAAUCAUUCUAUUUUCAGAAGGAUUUGAAGGUGGUAGAAUAUUAGCUCGUAAGAUGGUUAAUUUAUAUUCAUUAUCAUCUGAACAAUUAAGUAAGCAGGAUCACUAUGAUUUUGGUAUGAGAGCAGUCAAAUCAGUGUUGGUUAUGGCAGGUGCCUUACGUAGAAAGAAUGCAAAUAAGCCUGAAAAUGAAGUGCUUAUCAAAGCAAUGAAGGAUAGCAAUGUUCCAAAGUUUCUUGAGCAUGAUCUACCAUUAUUCAAUGGAAUUAUCAAAGAUCUAUUCCCAGAAGUGGAUAUGAAAGAAGAAAUAGAUAAAUAAUUAGUUGAUGCUAUUACAANUCGUAAUCCUCAUGCAGUUUAAGCUCAUUUAAGAAAGUGUUUUGAUAACAUAAAUAGAAUUAAAUUCUCUGACAUUGAAGACUCAACUGAAAUCAUUGCCAUGUAAUCAGCAGAACCAGAGACAAUGCCUGAAUUGGUUCCAUUUUCAACAAUAGUUAUGGCUUAAGGUCCAGUAGAACAUUGGCUAUUGAGAAUUCAAAAUAUGAUGGUUAAAUCGUUAUAUGAUAUUACUAAGAAGGCAUAUUUAGCAUAUCCAUAAAAGGAAUUAGAGAGAGAUGAGUGGUUAUUCGAAUAUCCAGCAUAGCCAGUUUUGACUGUAGAUUUGAUAAAAUGGACAGAAGGAUGUACGACAGCAAUUGAGAGAAUGGGCAUGGGUAGAAAAACAUCAUUGUCAUAAUAUUACGAUUUUAUGGUCUAAUUAUUAAAUAAGGAAGUGUCAAUUGUGAGAGGAGAUCUGAAUACUCUUCAAAGAACAUUAAUGGGUGCUUUGAUUGUGUUGGAUGUACAUGCUAGAGAUGUUGUUGCAACUAUGGUUGAUAAGAAUGUAGCAUCUUUAAAUGAUUUUGAAUGGGCCAAACAAUUGAGAUAUUAUUGGGAAGCAGACGUCGAUAAUUGUGUAGUCAGAUAAACCAAUACAAGAUUUAUUUAUGGUUAUGAAUACUUGGGAAAUGGACCAAGGUUAGUUAUUACUCCACUUACUGAUAAAUGUUAUAUGACAUUGACAGGAGCAUUGCAUUUAAAUUUUGGAGGAGCUCCAGCAGGACCAGCUGGUACUGGUAAAACUGAAACAACUAAGGAUUUGGCUAAAGCAUUAGCUGUUCAAUGCGUGGUGUUUAAUUGUUCUGAUGGUUUGGAUUUCAAAACUAUGGGUAGAUUCUUUUCAGGAUUAGCAUAAUGUGGAGCUUGGGCAUGUUUCGAUGAAUUUAAUCGUAUAGACAUUGAAGUCUUGUCAGUCAUAGCCUAAUAAAUAUUAACCAUAUAACAGGCUAUUAGAUAGAAGGUAGAUCAAUUUGAUUUUGAAUCUCGUACAAUUCCUCUGAAUAGAAGAUUUGGAGUAUUUAUUACAAUGAAUCCAGGAUAUGCAGGUAGAACUGAAUUACCAGACAAUCUUAAAGCCUUGUUCAGACCAGUGGCUAUGAUGAUUCCUGAUUAUGCUAUGAUUGCAGAAAUCAUUCUAUUUUCAGAAGGAUUUGAAGGUGGUAGAAUAUUAGCUCGUAAGAUGGUUAAUUUAUAUUCAUUAUCAUCUGAACAAUUAAGUAAGCAGGAUCACUAUGAUUUUGGUAUGAGAGCAGUCAAAUCAGUGUUGGUUAUGGCAGGUGCCUUACGUAGAAAGAAUGCAAAUAAGCCUGAAAAUGAAGUGCUUAUCAAAGCAAUGAAGGAUAGCAAUGUUCCAAAGUUUCUUGAACAUGAUCUACCAUUAUUCAAUGGAAUUAUCAAAGAUCUAUUCCCAGAAGUGGAUAUGAAAGAAGAAAUAGAUAAAUAAUUAGUUGAUGCUAUUACAAAUUAACUCAAAUUGAUUCAUUAUGAUGAUCCAGCUGCUUUUAAAAAGAAAAUCUGCUAAUUGAUGGAAACCAUACAAGUGAGACACGGAGUCAUGGUUGUUGGUCUAACUGGUACUGGUAAAACUACAUUAAUACAUACUCUUGCAAGAGCUAUGGAAUAGUUAAAUAAAGAAGGAUCUUAAGAUUAUUAUCAUAAAGUUGUGUAAAAGCAAACAUUGAAUCCAAAAUCAGUUACUAUGAAUGAAUUGUUUGGUUAUACUAAUGUGUUAACAAAUGAAUGGACAGAUGGUAUUGUUGCUAGUAUAGUAAGAACUGCAGUUACAGAUACAACUGAUCAGAAGAAGUGGAUCAUUUUUGAUGGUCCAGUGGAUGCACUUUGGAUUGAAAAUAUGAAUACAGUGUUGGAUGAUAAUAAAAUGUUAUGUUUAAACAAUGGUCAGAGAAUUAAGUUGCCUGCCACAUUCACUAUGAUGUUUGAAGUUUAAGAUUUGGCAGUGGCAUCUCCAGCUACAGUAAGUAGAUGUGGUAUGGUUUACAUGGAACCACAUCAUCUAGGAUGGGAACCAUUAGUAAAGACAUGGGGAGUGUAAAUGAGAGAAUAGUAUAUGAAAGAUGAUAAGGUUCCAACCUAUGUGGAUACUCUAAUUGAUAAGAUUGAGCAUUUCUUUAAAGAUAAUUUGAAAGUUGUGAGAGAAGAAUUCAAAGAGAAAAUUCCAACUACUGUUAACAAUAUUUUGAAAUCACUACUUAAUUUGGCUUAAAUUAAUUUGAAAUCAUUGACUGAAACGGUUAAUCUAGAGAAGUUGAACAAAUUUGAUAUGGAAUCUCAUAUUGCUAUGGUAUUGAUUUUCAGUUACAUCUGGAGUGCUGGAGCAAAUCUACAUGAUUCCAGUAGAUCUUAAUUUAGUUAAUAUUUGAAAGGAAAGAUCAUUUCAUUAUUUAGUGGAUUCCCAUUUGAAGGAGAUGUCUACGAUUACUAUUGUGAUUACAAGAGCAAGGAAUUCAAACCUUGGACUGAUAAAAUUUAAGAGUUCAAAUAUGAUUCAAACAUACCUUAUUUCAAUAUCUUAGUACCAACAAGUGACACAGUCAAAUUCAAAUAUUUGAUCACUCAAUUAAUUGAGGGAGGAUUCAAUAUUCUUCUAUCUGGAGAAACUGGUACUGGAAAGACCGUUAUUAUAAAUGAAUACUUGUAUAGUUUAGAAUAAGAAAGGUUCGUGUUCUCUACACUGAACUUCUCUGCAUAAACUAGUGCCAAGAACUUAUAAGAUCUAUUCAUGGAUAAAGAUAAGUUUAUGAAAAAGAAGAAAGAUCUGUUAGGUCCACCAGCUGGUCGUAAAAUGAUCCUCUUUAUUGAUGAUGUUAAUAUGCCUGCAUUGGAAAAGUAUGGUGCUUAACCACCAAAUGAAUUGUUUAGAUAAAUCAUCGAUCAAGGGGGAUUCUAUGAUCUCAAGAAAUUGUAUUUCAUGUAUGUUAAGGAUUGNUUAUGGCAGGUGCCUUACGUAGAAAGAAUGCAAAUAAGCCUGAAAAUGAAGUGCUUAUCAAAGCAAUGAAGGAUAGCAAUGUUCCAAAGUUUCUUGAGCAUGAUCUACCAUUAUUCAAUGGAAUUAUCAAAGAUCUAUUCCCAGAAGUGGAUAUGAAAGAAGAAAUAGAUAAAUAAUUAGUUGAUGCUAUUACAAAUUAACUCAAAUUAAUUCAUUAUGAUGAUCCAGCUGCUUUUAAAAAGAAAAUCUGCUAAUUGAUGGAAACCAUACAAGUGAGACACGGAGUCAUGGUUGUUGGUCUAACUGGUACUGGUAAGACUACGUUAAUACAUACUCUUUCAAGAGCUAUGGAAUAGUUAAAUAAAGAAGGAUCUUAAGAUUACUAUCAUAAAGUCGUGUAAAAGUAAACAUUGAAUCCAAAAUCAGUUACUAUGAAUGAAUUGUUUGGUUACACUAAUGUGUUAACAAAUGAAUGGACAGAUGGUAUUGUUGCUAGUAUAGUAAGAACUGCAGUUACAGAUACAACUGAUCAGAAGAAGUGGAUCAUUUUUGAUGGUCCAGUGGAUGCACUUUGGAUUGAAAAUAUGAAUACAGUGUUGGAUGAUAAUAAAAUGUUAUGUUUAAAUAAUGGUCAGAGAAUUAAGUUGCCUGCCACAUUCACUAUGAUGUUUGAAGUUUAAGAUUUGGCAGUGGCAUCUCCAGCUACAGUAAGUAGAUGUGGUAUGGUUUACAUGGAACCACAUCAUCUAGGAUGGGAACCAUUAGUAAAGACAUGGGGAGUGUAAAUGAGAGAAUAGUAUAUGAAAGAUGAUAAGGUUCCAACCUAUGUGGAUACUCUAAUUGAUAAGAUUGAGCAUUUCUUUAAAGAUAAUUUGAAAGUUGUGAGAGAAGAAUUCAAAGAGAAAAUUCCAACUACUGUUAACAAUAUUUUGAAAUCACUACUUAAUUUGGCUUAAAUUAAUUUGAAAUUAUUGACUGAUACAGUUAAUCUAGAGAAGUUGAACAAAUUUGAUAUGGAAUCUCAUAUUGCUAUGGUAUUGAUUUUCAGUUACAUCUGGAGUGCUGGAGCAAAUCUACAUGAUUCCAGUAGAUCUUAAUUUAGUUAAUAUUUGAAAGGAAAGAUCAUUUCAUUAUUUAGUGGAUUCCCAUUUGAAGGAGAUGUCUACGAUUACUAUUGUGAUUACAAGAGCAAGGAAUUCAAACCUUGGACUGAUAAAAUUUAAGAGUUCAAAUAUGAUUCAAACAUACCUUAUUUCAAUAUCUUAGUACCAACAAGUGACACAGUCAAAUUCAAAUAUUUGAUCACUCAAUUAAUUGAGGGAGGAUUCAAUAUUCUUCUAUCUGGAGAAACUGGUACUGGAAAGACCGUUAUUAUAAAUGAAUACUUGUAUAGUUUAGAAUAAGAAAGGUUCGUGUUCUCUACACUGAACUUCUCUGCAUAAACUAGUGCCAAGAACUUAUAAGAUCUAUUCAUGGAUAAAGAUAAGUUUAUGAAAAAGAAGAAAGAUCUGUUAGGUCCACCAGCUGGUCGUAAAAUGAUCCUCUUUAUUGAUGAUGUUAAUAUGCCUGCAUUGGAAAAGUAUGGUGCUUAACCACCAAAUGAAUUGUUUAGAUAAAUCAUCGAUCAAGGGGGAUUCUAUGAUCUCAAGAAAUUGUAUUUCAUGUAUGUUAAGGAUUGCCAAUUCAUUACAGCCUGUGCUCCUCCAGGAGGUGGACGUAACCCUGUUACUCCUCGUUUAUUCAGGCAUUUCAAUCAAACCUGGUGUCCAGAUCUCUCUUAAAGAUCCAUGGAAGUCAUCUUCACUGCUAUUCUUAAAGGAUUUCUUAUGGAAUAAAAUAAAGGAUUGGAUAAAUUUGCAUCUUACAUUGUCAAAUCAAGUGUAGAAAUCUAUUUUAAAAUUACCAAGGAAUUGUUACCUACUCCAACCAAAUCUCAUUAUACUUUCAACUUGAGAGAUCUCAGCAAAGUUAUUUAAGGAAUAUUACAAAUUAGAUAUGACAACUUAACAAAUAAGGAAAUGCUCAUUUAAUUGUGGACACAUGAAUCACAAAGAGUAUUCUAAGAUAGAUUGGUCGAUGACAAAGAUAGAGAUUGGUUUUUGACUCUUCUAAUGGGGCACACUCAGAGAGUCUUUGAAUUUGAAUGGGAGAAACUUCAAGUUUAGAAUCUCCUCUUUGGUGAUUAUAGCAAUGCUAAUAAGGAUUAUAUUAGAAUUGAUAACCCGCAAGAAUUGCCUCGUAAAUUCUAAGACUUCUUAAAUAUGUAUAACGCAACUCAAAAGCAAAUGAAUCUUGUAUUCUUCACUGAUGCCAUCAUGCAUCUUAGUAGAUUAUGCAGAAUUCUGAGAUAACCGAGAGGUAAUGCACUUCUGAUUGGUGUUGGUGGUUCAGGAAGACAAUCACUGACUAAAUUAUCUGCUUAAACAAGAGGAUAAACUGUAUUUAGCAUAGAGAUUACCAAGAAUUAUAGAGAGCAAUCAUGGAAGGAUGAUCUUAAGAAAUUGUUAAAAACAGCAGGAGCUAAGGAUUAGCCUGUAGUAUUCUUGUUUUCUGAUACUUAAGUUGUUAGAGAAUCAUUUUUAGAAGAUAUUAACAAUGUUCUUAAUACUGGCGAAGUGCCUAAUUUAUGGGCAACUGAAGACAUUGAAGAAAUUAUUAAUGAUGUCAGACCUUUGGCGAAGGAAUAGGGCUUAUAUGACUCCAGAGAUGUUUUGCUUAAAUUCUUUGUAAGUAGAGUCAGAGAGAAUUUGCAUAUUGUCCUAGCCUUCUCGCCUGUUGGAGAAAAGUUGAGAAACAGAUGCAGACAAUUCCCAUCAAUUAUUAAUUGUUGUACCAUUGAUUGGUUUGACAAAUGGCCAGAUGAAGCACUCAGUAGUGUUGCAAUGAAAGAAUUGGGAGGGUAAGAACAUUUAGGAAUUGGAGAAUUUAUGGAUAGCUUGGCUAAUAUGUCAGUUAUCAUCCAUUCAGACGUGAAAACAUAUAGUGAACGAUUUUAUGAUGAAUUAAGAAGAAAGAACUAUGUUACACCUACAAGUUAUUUGGAACUAUUGAAAUUGUACAUUGACAUGAUGAAGGUGUAAUCGAAUAUAUUACCACAAAAAAUAAAGAAAUAUACUGUUGGAUUAUAAACUUUGAAGGAUACUAAUGAGGAAGUUGGAAAGUUGCAAAAGAAAAUUAUUGAGUUUUAACCUAUUCUUGAACAAAGUGCAAAGGACAAUGCCAAAAUGAUGGUUGAAUUAGAAGGCAAAUCAAAAGAAGCUAAUGUCACUGAGUAGAUUGUAUCAAAAGAGGCAGCUGAGGCAUAGAAGAAAAAGGACGAAGUUAAUGAAAUGAGAGAUUCCUGCCAAGCUGAAUUAGAUUAAGCAUUGCCUAUCUUAGAAUAAGCAUAAAAGGCAGUUCAGAGCAUUGAUAAAGCAGCUAUCAAUGAAAUGAAGGCCUUAAAGACUCCACCAAAUCUAGUGUAAAUUGUCAUGUGUGCAGUCAACCUACUCUUCGGAGAAAAAGAAGACUGGCCAACUGCUUAAAAACUUCUCGGUCGUAUGACAUUUAUUUAAGAUCUACUUGAUUUUGAUGUAACAACAGUCCAAGAAAGAAGGCUACAGAAAUUGAAGUAAACUUAUCUAAGCAAUCCUGAUUUCACUAAAGAAAAGAUUUUGAAUGUGUCACAAGCAGCUACAACUUUGUUAGUAUGGGUAGUUGCAACUGAAAAAUUUGCUUAAGUUAAAAAAGUAGUUGGGCCUAAAGAGAAGGCAUUAAAAGAAGCUGAAGCAUCUUUGAAGAAAGUGGAAUAAGAAUUGUCAGUAAAGAUGGGAUAGUUGAAGGAAGUGUAAGAUAUGGUUAAUGAACUCAAGAGAAACCUUUAGACUUCUAUUAAUAAAUCAGAAAUGUUGAGAUAGCAAUAAUAGACAGCUGAGAUCUAAUUGGUAAGAGCAGAGAAGUUAGUUUCAGGAUUAGCUAGUGAGGCUGAGAGAUGGAAAGUCAAUGCAGCACUGUUAGAAGAAGAUUUAAGGAAUCUAGUUGGAAACAUUAUAUUGGCAGCUGGAUCAAUAGCAUAUCUUGGGCCAUUUACUUACAAUUAUAGAUCUGAAAUCAUAGCCAAAUGGAUCAACAAUUGUAAGGAGUUGAGUAUUCCUGUCAGUGACAAUUUCACUCUCUAAAGAAUUUUAGCAGAAGAAGUAACCAUUAGAGAAUGGCAAGAAGCUGGAUUACCUGCAGACAAUUUAUCAAUUGACAAUGGAAUCUUUGUUUUCAAUUGCAGAAGAUGGCCCUUAAUUAUAGACCCCUAAGGCUAAGCUAAUAAAUGGAUCAAAGCACUAGGAAAGGAAACCAAUUUACAAAUUACAAAAUUGAGUGAAAGUAAUUUCUUAAAGACUCUUGAAAACUCGAUUCGUUUUGGAUAAUAAGUUUUAAUGGAAAAUGUUGAAGAAGAACUUGAUCCAUCUUUAGAACCUAUAUUAUAAAAACAAAUCUUCAAAAAAGGAGCUCAAUAUCUCUUACGUCUAGGUGACUAGGAUAUUCCUUACAACAAUGAAUUCAAAUUAUAUUUUACUACCAAACUACCAAAUCCUCAUUACAUACCUGAAAUCAGUAUUAAAACUACUAUCAUUAAUUUUACAGUCACACCAUAAGGUUUAGAAGACUAAUUAUUGGUUGAAGUGGUGCGAUAAGAAAGAAUUGAUUUGGAAGAAAAAAGAGUUAAUUUGAUUCUUUAAAUAUCCUAAGAUAAGAGAUAAUUACAAGAAUUGGAAGAUAAGAUAUUGAAGUUGAUAUCUGAGGCAUAGGGUAGAAUAUUGGAAGAGGAAGAUUUGAUUACAACCUUGGAUGCUUCUAAAAUUACAUCUGAUACAGUCAAUUAACGUAUGGCUUAGUCUAAGAUUACAGCUGAGGAAAUUAAUUAAGCAAGAGAACAAUAUCGUAUUAUUGCUAGAAGAGGAUCAGUCAUUUACUUUGUUAUUGCAGAUCUUGCUUUGAUUGACCCUAUGUAUCAAUAUUCCCUAGAGUUCUUUAUUAAAUUAUUUAAAAAGAGACUAGAAGUAGCACCCAAUCCUCCAUCUUUAGAAGAAAGAUUAGCAGUACUCAUUGACGAUAUUACUAAAGCAUUUUAUAUCAAUAUUUGCAGAGGAUUGUUUGAGAAGGAUAAAUUGUUGUUUAGUUUUUUGAUUGCUAGUAAGAUCUAAUUGUAGGCUCAAUACAUACAUGCUAGAGAAUGGAAUAUCUUUUUAAGAGGAGGCACUGGUUAAGUACCUCAUGAAGAACAUCCUUCAUUCUUAAAUGAGAAAUCAUGGAAGAAUUGUAUGAUUUUAAGUAAGCAAUCUCAUGUCUUUGCUUAAUUGCCAAUGUCCCUAAAGGAUAGUAAUGAUGAAUAAUUAUGGAGAGAGGUUAUGGAUGUUUAAGACCCAUGGAAAUGUGAUUUACCCCUUGUUUUCCGAUCAUUAGAUCCAUUUUAGAAGUUAUUAUUAUUCAAAACACUUAGAGAUGAAAAAUUGGUUAUCUUAAUUAAAAAUUAUGUGUCUGACACCUUAACAUCAUUCUUUAUUGAACCACCUGUUUUCAAUUUGAAAGGUGCAUUUUAAGAUUCAUCUUGUACUACUCCAAUUAUAUUCGUAUUAUCUCCAGGUGCUGAUCCAAUUACAUAUUUAUUGAACUUGGCUAAAGAUAUGGAAAUGGAAACUAAAUUAAAAAUCAUCUCAUUAGGUUAAGGAUAAGGUAACAUUGCAAAGGAAUUGAUUAAAACAGGUAGAAGAACAGGAGAUUGGGUAUGUUUGUAGAAUUGUCACUUGGCUAUUACAUGGAUGCCAGAAUUAGAGAGAAUUCAAGAAUUGUAAGUAGAAGCAGACACUGAUGCCAAUUAUAGGUUAUGGUUAACCAGUAUGCCUACAGAUAAAUUCCCUGUUCCAGUAUUAUAGAGUGGUAUCAAAUUAACAAACGAGCCACCUAAAGGAUUAAAAGCCAAUAUGAUGAGAACCUAUAAUGAUCUAUCUGGAUAUGAUUCUUGCACUAAGCAAGAUGAAUAUAAGAAACUCUUAUUCUCCUUGGCUUUCUUCCAUGCUGUUAUUUUGGAAAGGAGAAAGUUUGGACCCAUAGGUUGGAAUAUUCCAUAUGAAUGGAUGAAUUCAGAUUUUGAAACUUGUUAAUUAUAAUUGAAGAUGUACUUGGAUGAAUAACCAGAAGUACCAUAUCAAACACUCAAUUAUAUUAUUUCAGAAAUCAAUUAUGGUGGUAGAGUUACAGAUGAUAAGGAUGUUAGAUUGAUUACUGAUCUACUCAAAUAAUAUUUCUGUCCAGCUGUUCUGAAUGAUUCAAACUAUAUAUUCUCAUCAAGUGGUGUUUAUCAUCCUCCUUAGAUUGUAGAUUUGCAAUCAGUUAUUCAAUAUAUAAGUUCAUUGCCUUUNUGUAUCAAUAUUCCCUAGAGUUCUUUAUUAAAUUAUUUAAAAAGAGACUAGAAGUAGCACCCAAUCCUCCAUCUUUAGAAGAAAGAUUAGCAGUACUCAUUGACGAUAUUACUAAAGCAUUUUAUAUCAAUAUUUGCAGAGGAUUGUUUGAGAAGGAUAAAUUGUUGUUUAGUUUUUUGAUUGCUAGUAAGAUCUAAUUGUAGGCUCAAUACAUACAUGCUAGAGAAUGGAAUAUCUUUUUAAGAGGAGGCACUGGUUAAGUACCUCAUGAAGAACAUCCUUCAUUCUUAAAUGAGAAAUCAUGGAAGAAUUGUAUGAUUUUAAGUAAGCAAUCUCAUGUCUUUGCUUAAUUGCCAAUGUCCCUAAAGGAUAGUAAUGAUGAAUAAUUAUGGAGAGAGGUUAUGGAUGUUUAAGACCCAUGGAAAUGUGAUUUACCCCUUGUUUUCCGAUCAUUAGAUCCAUUUUAGAAGUUAUUAUUAUUCAAAACACUUAGAGAUGAAAAAUUGGUUAUCUUAAUUAAAAAUUAUGUGUCUGACACCUUAACAUCAUUCUUUAUUGAACCACCUGUUUUCAAUUUGAAAGGUGCAUUUUAAGAUUCAUCUUGUACUACUCCAAUUAUAUUCGUAUUAUCUCCAGGUGCUGAUCCAAUUACAUAUUUAUUGAACUUGGCUAAAGAUAUGGAAAUGGAAACUAAAUUAAAAAUCAUCUCAUUAGGUUAAGGAUAAGGUAACAUUGCAAAGGAAUUGAUUAAAACAGGUAGAAGAACAGGAGAUUGGGUAUGUUUGUAGAAUUGUCACUUGGCUAUUACAUGGAUGCCAGAAUUAGAGAGAAUUCAAGAAUUGUAAGUAGAAGCAGACACUGAUGCCAAUUAUAGGUUAUGGUUAACCAGUAUGCCUACAGAUAAAUUCCCUGUUCCAGUAUUAUAGAGUGGUAUCAAAUUAACAAACGAGCCACCUAAAGGAUUAAAAGCCAAUAUGAUGAGAACCUAUAAUGAUCUAUCUGGAUAUGAUUCUUGCACUAAGCAAGAUGAAUAUAAGAAACUCUUAUUCUCCUUGGCUUUCUUCCAUGCAGUGAUUUUGGAAAGGAGAAAGUUUGGACCCAUAGGUUGGAAUAUUCCAUAUGAAUGGAUGAAUUCAGAUUUUGAAACUUGUUAAUUAUAAUUGAAGAUGUACUUGGAUGAAUAACCAGAAGUACCAUAUCAAACACUCAAUUAUAUUAUUUCAGAAAUCAAUUAUGGUGGUAGAGUUACAGAUGAUAAGGAUGUUAGAUUGAUUACUGAUCUACUCAAAUAAUAUUUCUGUCCAGCUGUUCUGAAUGAUUCAAACUAUAUAUUCUCAUCAAGUGGUGUUUAUCAUCCUCCUUAGAUUGUAGAUUUGCAAUCAGUUAUUCAAUAUAUAAGUUCAUUGCCUUUGGAAGAUGAUCCAGAAGUAUUUGGUUUACAUGCCAAUGCAAACAUUACUUUCUAAUAAAAAACAGUGGCUGAAUUUAUGAGUACUCUACUAUCAGUGCAACCAAGAAUGGUAGCAGAAAAGGGAGUAGAAGAAACACCUGAUUAAAUUGUGUUUAAAGUAGCCAAAGAAAUACUUGGAAAACUGCCUCCACUUUUAGUUUAGAAGAAAGAAGUGGCCAUUGAAUCAUUAGCCAUUUUUAGAUCAUAAGAAGUCGACCGUUUCAUUAAAUUGGUCCGAGUUAUGAAAAACUCAUUGGAAUUAUUAUAGAAGGCUAUUCAAGGAUUAGUUGUAAUGUCUAUCGAAUUAGAAAAAAUGUUCAAUUCCUUCUUGGAUGCUAAGGUCCCUGAAAAUUGGGAGAAUGUGGCCUAUCCAUCUCUAAAACCUCUAGGUUCCUGGGUUACAGAUCUCAUCUAAAGAUUGGUAUUUAAUAACAUAAUUUAAUUUUAGGAAUUCUUUAAGUAGUGGCUCGAAAAUGGAACUAUGAAAUCCUAUUGGUUGUCAGCUAUGUUCUUCCCUCAAGGUUUCAUGACUGCCACUAAAUAGACAUAUGCUCGUAAAACCAAGACUCCUAUUGACACUUUGACCUUCAGAACUUAAGUUAGACCUUUCUACAAGGAUAAUAUUUAAGAUGUUCCUUAAGAUGGUAUUUAAUGAUCUCAUACGUAGGUGUCAAUAUUGAUGGUCUCUAUUUACAAGGAUGCAAAUGGGAUGUUGGAACUAAUCAAUUGGAGGAAUCUGAUCCUUUAGUUUUGUUCUAAGAAAUGCCAGUUGUUUGGUAAUAUUUUACAUUCUAUUAGAAUAGGCUUGAACCUGUAAUAGCAUCAACUUAGAAUCAGAAUUCUUAGAAAUUCUACAAAUGUCCUCUUUACAAGACUUCCACUAGAAGGGGAACACUAUCAACAACAGGUCAUUCAACCAACUUUGUGUUAUAUUUGGAACUAAUUACUGGUGUGGAACCAGCUGUUUGGACUAGACGUGGAGUUGCACUAUUAUGUCAACUUGAUGAUUGAUUUUCAUUUAUCG